GGGCGGGCCGGGGUUCCCCCCGCCCCGCUGGGCUCGGCACGGCGGCGGCAGGGCCGAGCUGUGCUCUCCGGUACCGGGGGCAUGGAGCCCCCCCCGCGCCCCGCCGCCCUCCUCGCCCUCCUCGCCCUGCUGCCCGCGGCCACCGCAGCCGUGCCCGUGGACGUGCUGCAGACGCUGGGCAUGAAGGACGGCCGGGACGGCGUCGCCGUCACCGCCGGGAUCUGCACGCAGCGCCCCGGCACCGAGGACCCCGACUUCGCCUUCCGCGUGGACAACCGCACGCAGCUCAGCGCGCCCACCAGGCAGCUCUUCCCCGAUUCCUCCUUCCCCGUGGAUUUCUCCAUCCUGGCCACGGUGCGUGCCCGGCGCGGCAGCCAAGCCUUCCUGCUCUCCAUCUACGACGAGCGCGGCGUGCAGCAGCUGGGGGUGGAGGUCGGGCGCUCGCCCGUUUUCCUCUACGAGGACCAGGACGGGCACCCGGCCCCCGAACGCUACCCCGUCUUCCGCAAGGUGAACCUGGCCGACGGCAGGUGGCACCGCGUGGCGCUGGCCGUGGAGGGCACCAACGUGUCCCUGCUGGUGGACUGCCACCUCCUCGCCACGCUGCCGCUGGAGCGAGGACCCCGGCCCGUCGUCAGCACCGAGGGGGUGACGCUUUUCGGGGCGCGCCUGCUGGAUGAGGAGGUGUUCGAGGGCGACAUCCAGCAGCUGCUGAUCGUGCCGGACCCCGCGGCCGCCCACUCCUACUGCCAGCUCUACAUGCCAGCCUGCGACCAGCCCCUGCUCUACCCGCUCCUGGCCCCCUUCCCGGAGGAGAGCGGCCCGGAGCCCAGCGCCGCCCCGCGUAGGAAGGGCAAGAAGGGCAAGGGGAAAGGCAAGCGCAAGGGGAAAGGCAAGAAGAGGAGGAACAAGGAGCUGCAGGAGCAGCACGAGGCCUCUGAGCCCUCUGCCGUGGCCAACCAGGCCAGCGCGCCCACGCCGCCGCCGCCGUCUGUGGAGGACAGCUCCCCGCCGCCGGUCACCUCCAGCCUGGCCACCACCGUGAGCGUCGCCCUGAACCGCACCGACCCCUUCGAGGACGCUGGCGAGGGGCUCGUGCUGGAAUCCGGGGAGGACGGAGCCGCUGGGGCUGCCAGCGCCGAGCUGCCAGGCUACGAGGACUACUACGACGGGGACCCUGCGAGCCCGGAGCGGUUCGGCCCCGCCGAGCGGGAGGAGACGGUGAUCCGGGCUCCCCAGGAGCCCAGCCUGAAGGGGGACAAGGGCGAGCCGGCCGUCGUGGAGCCGGAUCGGCGAUUUGAGGGGCCGCCGGGACCCCCGGGCCCUGCGGGGGAAACGGGACCCCUGGGACCACCGGGGCUCCCAGGGCUGCCCGGGGACCCCGGAGAGCAGGGCCCCGCGGGACGGCCGGGGCUGCCAGGAGCCGACGGGAUCCGCGGCCCGGCCGGGACCACGAUCAUGCUGCCGUUCCAGUUUGGCGGAGACUCCCUCAAGGGCCCCACCGUCUCCUUCCAAGAAGCCCAAGCCCAGGCGAUCCUGCAGCAGGCGAAGCUUGCCAUGAAGGGCCCCCCCGGCCCCAUGGGGCUCACCGGCCGGCCGGGUCCGCUGGGUCUGCCCGGACACCCGGGCCUGAAAGGGGACGCAGGGGACAUGGGGCCGCGGGGUCCCCGGGGACUGCAGGGACCACCGGGACCACCGGGGAAGCUGGGCAGACGGGGUCGCGCUGGAGCAGAUGGUGCCAGGGGUCUCCCGGGGGACACCGGACCCAAGGGUGACCGGGGCUUCGAUGGCUUGCCGGGGCUGCCGGGGGAGAAGGGCCACAGGGGUGACGUGGGGAAGCCAGGACCAGCGGGCACCCCCGGGGAGAAAGGCGCCAGGGGCUCGGAUGGCUUGCCGGGACCGCGGGGGCAACCGGGGGAACCCGGCAUGCGAGGGCUCAUCGGCUCGCGCGGCUCCCCCGGCCCCCCGGGACCACCGGGUGCCAGCGGCAUUGACGGCGCGCCGGGACCCAAGGGCAACGUGGGAAUCCAAGGGGAGCCGGGCCCCCCGGGACAGCAAGGAAACCCCGGUCCGCAGGGUCUGCCCGGCCCCCAGGGCCCCGUCGGGCUGCCAGGGGACAAGGGCCCGCCGGGGAAGCCGGGAAUCCAAGGGGUGGCUGGGGCCGACGGGCCCCCGGGUCACCCUGGCCGAGAAGGGCCGGCCGGAGAGAAGGGCCUCCAGGGUCCUGUGGGUGCCCCAGGUCCCGUCGGCUAUCCAGGACCCCGUGGGGUGAAGGGAGCUUUUGGGGUGCGGGGCCUGAAGGGCAGCAAAGGGGAGAAGGGUGAAGAUGGAUUCCCUGGCUUCAAGGGGGACAUGGGUCCCAAAGGCGACAGGGGCGACCAAGGCUCGCUCGGUCCCCGUGGCGAGGACGGCCCCGAGGGGCUGAAGGGACAGACGGGUCCCGUGGGGGAGCCGGGUGCUGCUGGCCCUGCGGGCGAGAAGGGCAAGCUGGGGGUGCCGGGCCUCCCAGGCUACCCCGGGCGCCAGGGCCCCAAGGGAUCCGCUGGCUUCCCGGGUCCCGUGGGGCUGGCAGGAGAGAAAGGCAAGAGGGGCAAGGCUGGCCAGGCCGGGCAGACGGGACAGCGAGGGCCCCCGGGCCUGCCGGGGGAGCGAGGGCUGCCCGGCCCCACAGGGACACCCGGCCCAAAGGGAGAUCCUGGCCACGACGGGGCCCCCGGAGUGGUGGGAGAGAAGGGCCCUCAAGGUCCGCAGGGUCCCCACGGCUUCCCGGGCACCAAAGGGCCCCCUGGCCCUGCCGGGAAGGACGGCUUGCCGGGACACCCGGGGCAGCGCGGCGAGCCGGGAUUUCACGGCAAAACCGGCCCCCCCGGCCCCACGGGGGUGGUGGGACCUCAGGGUAAAUUGGGCGAAACGGGGCCGGUGGGCGAGAGGGGGCACCCAGGCCCUCCUGGCCCCCCCGGGGAGCAGGGUCUGCCUGGGGCUGCUGGCCGAGAAGGAGCCAAGGGAGACCCCGGCCCGGCUGGCGUCGCCGGUAAGAGCGGCCCCCCGGGUGUCCACGGCUUUCCAGGCACGCGGGGGGCACCCGGAGAGACGGGUCCUCCUGGCCUGAAGGGUGGCGAAGGCCCCCCCGGCCCCCCUGGGCCCACGGGUUCCCCCGGCGAGCGAGGCCCCACGGGGGCUGCGGGAGGCAUCGGCCUGCCCGGCCGUGGGGGGUCAAAGGGCCCCCCCGGCCCCCUGGGCGAGAAGGGGUCCCCGGGCGAGCGGGGUCCCAUGGGUCCGGCCGGGCACGACGGGAUCCAGGGUCCCCUGGGGCUGCCGGGGCCCCCCGGUCCCCCCGGCCCCGCUGGAGAGGAUGGGGACAAGGGCGAGAUGGGGCUUCCCGGACAGAAGGGCAGCAAAGGCGACAAGGGCGAGGCGGGCCCUCCAGGACCGCCAGGAAUCCAGGGACCCAUCGGGCACCCCGGCCCUGCGGGAGCGGACGGGGAACCGGGGCGCCGCGGGCAGCAGGGGAUGUUUGGACAGAAAGGAGAUGAGGGAUCGCGGGGUCACCCCGGCCUGAGCGGCCCCCCCCGGACUGCAGGUAAGGAGACCCCAGCCCCCCCAGGCGAAAAGGGCGAAAACGGAGACGUUGGCCCCAUGGGACCCCCUGGAGCGCCAGGACCCCGUGGGCCGCAGGGACCCAGCGGUGCCGAGGGUCCCCAGGGAAUGCCGGGCGGCGUGGGACAGCCAGGAGCCGUGGGAGAAAAGGGUGAGCCCGGUGAAGCCGGGGACCCCGGAGCCCCUGGGGAGCCUGGCCCACCCGGUGUGAAAGGAGACGUGGGGGAGAAGGGAGACGCGGGGCCGUCGGGGGCAGCCGGACCCCCCGGCAAGAAGGGUCCCCCGGGAGAGGAUGGAGCCAAAGGCAACCUGGGUCCUGUCGGCUUCCCAGGGGAUCCCGGCCCCCCCGGAGACCCCGGCCCACCGGGUCUGGACGGGGCUGUUGGAGAGAAGGGUGACGGCGGGGACCCUGGCCUGCCGGGUCCGCCAGGCGCGUCAGGGGAACCGGGGCCCCCAGGCCCCCCCGGGCGGAGGGGACCCGUGGGGCCCGUGGGGCGCGAGGGCCGUCAGGGCGAGAAGGGUGCCAAGGGGCAGCCCGGCACCGAGGGGCCGCCUGGGAAGACGGGACCCGUGGGGGCGCAGGGGCCCCCGGGGCGGCCGGGCUCCGAAGGGUUGCGGGGGAUCCCUGGCCCUGCGGGCGAACAAGGCCUCCUGGGGGCACCGGGACAAGCGGGACCACCCGGCCCCCUGGGCCCCGUGGGAUUGCCCGGCCUCAAGGGAGACCCCGGCCACAAGGGAGAUAAGGGCCACGCUGGCUUGAUUGGGCUCAUCGGACCGCCGGGGGAGAUGGGGGAGAAAGGAGACCAGGGGCUCCCCGGCGUCCAGGGCCCCCCGGGACCCAAAGGAGACCCCGGUUUGGCUGGCCCCACCGGCCCCACCGGCCCCCCCGGGCCCCCCGGGCUCUCGGGUCCUCUGGGCCAGAAGGGCUCCAAAGGCUCGCCGGGUGCUCUGGGUCCCCGAGGUGACACGGGCCCCCCAGGGCCCCCAGGACCACCGGGCCGCCCGGCUGAGCUGCUCGAGCCGCUGCCCUCGAGCCGGAGCGGGAGGCACCGGCGGGCAGCCCAGGGGGCUCGGGGCGAGCAGGGCACCCCCCCGGACUACGAGGGGCUGGAGGAGGUGUACGCCUCGCUCAGCUCCCUGCGCACCGAGGUCGAGCAGCUGCGGCGGCCCCUGGGCACCCCCGAGAGCCCCGCGCGCGUCUGCAAGGAGCUGCAGCUCUGCCACCCGCACCUGCAGGACGGCGAGUACUGGAUUGACCCCAACCAGGGCUGCUCCCGAGACGCCUUCAGGGUUUUCUGCAACUUCACAGCCGGCGGCGAGACCUGCCUCUUCCCCGACAAGAAGUUCGAGGCCGUCCGCCUGGCUGCCUGGAACCGGGAGAAGCCAGGGACGUGGUACAGCACCUUCAGGAGGGGCAAGAAGUUCUCCUACGUGGACGCGGACGGGAACCCGGUGCCCGUGCCCCAGCUCACCUUCCUGCGCCUCCUGAGCGCCAGCGCCCGCCAGAACUUCACGCUGACGUGCCAGCACGCCGCCGCCUGGUACGACGCCCACGCCGCCUCCUUCGCCCGCGCCCUGCGCUUCCGCGGGGCCAACGACGAGGAGCUGGGCCACGACCACCCGGCCGCCCCCGUCCGUGCCCUCCGCGACGGCUGCCAGGAACGCCACGGCCAGGAGCGGACAGUGCUGGAGGUGUCCUCGUCCCGCGUCGAGCGGCUGCCGCUGAUGGACGUGGCCGUGGCCGACUUCGGGGACGCCAACCAGAAAUUCGGCUUCGAGCUGGGCCCCGUCUGCUUCGUGGGCUGAGCGCGGCCCCCGGACACGGGCGGGCGGGGGUCUCCGUGCCCCCCCCCCCGCCGCCCCCCACGCCAGGGACAGUGACCCAGGCUCUGCUCUGGCAUACUCAGGACUCGGAGCUGCCGCAGCGCCGUCCCCUCCUGCCCUCGUGGGCCCCCCCCUUAUUUAUACUGCCGGCUCCUUGAGGCGGGAGGGGGGCAAAGCUGGGGCAGGGCACCCCAGAUUGUAGGGAGGGGGGGCUCGAGCCCCCUCCCCGUGGUGCUACAACGCUCCCUUAGUGAAGCACUGGACGUGCCCUCGGCACGGCGACACCGAGAGCCCCAACCCGCGGGGACCGGGGGGCACCGGAUCCGCUGUCCCCCUCCCGGUGCCAUCGCGCCGUUGCCAGGCCGGGACCCGAUUUUACCGUGGUCCCCUGCGGGGGGAGCCCCCUGCCCAUUUUUUGGGGGGGGGGGGGGGGGGGGUUGGUGUCCCCAUUUCACCGUGGGGCAGAGCUGGGGAAGCUCGGCGCCGGUCCCGGUGCCGUUACUGUACGAUAAACCCGACUGUAUGGAA